AUGCGGAAUCCCGCGCCGAGCUCGUCAUAUACAAGUGACAGCACCGCCUCACCUCCGACGAGUCCCGGCACAACGCGAUCCGUCUUCCCCUCUCCCCCGCAAGACUCUCGCACAACCGCUGCUGCCGUUCCUCGAAUAGUCACUACUUCGGCCUCCGAGGAGCAUCCUUCGCAACCAUCUGGGAAGACCUACUACAACAGUGACUCCUCGGGUGCCGCUACACCUGAGCAAAGAAGCCCUGGACCGGUUCCGUCUCCCCUCUCUCAGAGGUUCCCGAAUGAGGCUCGCAGCGUCUCCGACUCAGUGGUAGCUCCAAGGUCUCUAGGAGGGUUCUCGGUAGGCCAGUCCUCGAUCAUGGCUGGCCCGUCAAGCGUUCGAGCAGAUCUCGGCAAGGGUGCACCGAGGAAUUCGUCCAUGGACUCGGCCAUAUCAGCCAUAUCCUCAAGGUCGAAUCCUAACAAGGCAUCCCAAGAGAACGGCCCGGGCACGACGGACAUUGCACAUCUAAUAAAGACAGCCGGCAGCGCCGAGGCGGUCAUCCAAUAUUUGCUAAAGGAGAAGCAGUCGCAGUCGCAGCAAAACGCACAGCUAUGGCGGUUGGUCGACAAGCAGAGGGCCAUGAUUUUGGGCCUCAAUAAGGACCUCGAAAGGGCCUUGAAGGACAAGGAGAAAUACAGGAAGAAACUGAAGGAGGUGAUGAGCGACGUUGAGGUGCCACCCGUCCCGCCAGUGCCAGUACCAAGAGCAAACGGAGCAAUCAAUAAUGGCCCUGGCGCGGCUAGUUCACUACCAAAGGAACAAGUUGUGGAAAAACAGUCGCCAGUCGACGUGGAAAUGGCCCCAUAUCCAAUAACGCCUCCAGCAGACCAACCGACCUCCAAUAGCAACAAUAGCGACUCGUUUGCUGCCGUUGGGGAGCUCCUGGAUCCUUCUCACUCGAUGCCAAAGGCGAGCGAGCACGCUUUCGAUCAAUUCGACCCAGAUCAGCAAGAACGGGAGGCUGAGGCCGUCCAGAAGAGGGAUGACGAGGCCAAAGACCUCCACCAUGUCAAUGUUGCCCUCCCGCCCUCUCGCGCCGCACCUCGCGAGCCGCCAAAGAUGCCUCCCCCACGACUGCCUGCAGCCCCCCUAGAGCGAUCGCCCAAGCUCGAUGAGGGAAUCGCCCAUUUCCCUCCACCUCCAGCGCCGCCACCGCGAAAGCCGCCUCCGGCACCUUUGCACCUGAAAAAUGUUCAACAGAGUCCCACCAUACCGCUUGACGAAGACCUGGAUUCUGACACCGACUACGACGAUAUUCUCGAAGUUGAUGAGAUUGGUCGCGACGAUAGAAGGGGUCGCAGGAGAACAAGAGAGGAGGACGAGCGAGAGCGCGAAAUUGUGGUUCAAAAAGAGGCAGAAAUACGCAGCCUAUCGAAAAAGAGCAAGAGCAGUAGUCGGAAGGGCAUACCGAAGGAGGAUGUGCAGCCAACGAUUAAUGAUCCGAUACCAGCCAGCCCUCGGCUGGUUAAGACAACAAUGUCCCUCCCGCACCGAGAACACGUUUCGUCGCUCGCGGGAGUCUUGAGCGGCGCUCCACAAGAUCGAUCCAUCGGCAUGGGAUUGCUGAGUCCAGGCCUCCCAUCCAGCCCGAGGCCGAUGAACCUGAAGUCGCCUGUGUCCUCUCCGCCUCUCUCGCCUCUCGGCAUGGCAAAUUUUCCGGGCGCACCCCUGUCUCCAAGACCGCCACGGGGUCCUAUUCCCCUUCCUCCUAACACUCCUCUUCAAACACCUUAUCUAGCGCCGGAUGCUGCUCCCUUGUCAUUGAAGUCCCCUAAGCCUCUGAAUAUUGUCAAGAAGGGACAGGAGAGUGCUAGCCCGUCGAGCCCGGUAAAGAGCUCUCCCGACCUUCGGGCAGACAGGAGGAGGAUAUACAAGGGUCUUGUGACGGAGGAAUAUCCGGAUCUCUUGCUUCCUCCGAAUGCUCUCCCGUCCAUUGACAUCAAGGUUGCAUCGUCUCGUAUGAAACCGUCGCGAGCCAGUUUAAUAUCCUUAACGCAGCUGGAAGAGGAUCCCGUAUUCACCCUGGCUAUCUUCUCAAGAGCCGACGGCGGAGAGUUGUGGCGUGUCGAGAAAGAUUCGCCGUCGUUGGCUAAACUCGACCAAAGGCUGAAGCAGUGCCCGGCUUUCACCGCGAAAACUCCGGACCGAUCCCUUUUCAGCGGACACGCACCCGCAAAACUCGAUGCUCGCCGCGUCGCGCUCAACUAUUAUCUGGAUGAGCUGCUCAACACGCCAUAUUUGUCCACGAAUACGCUGCCACCCAAUGCUGACGAAACUGGGGGUUCCACUGCUGAUAUCCCAGAAGAAUCGGCUCAAAAAACUGGACCGGGUGGGCGACCCUUCCGUACCGGCUACCUAACGAAGCGUGGAAAGAAUUUUGGGGGUUGGAAAGCAAGGUUUUUUGUCCUUGACGGCCCCCAGCUGAAGUACUACGAGACUCCUGCACAGAUUGGCAAGCAGUCUCAGCACAACAACGAUGGCUCCCCAGCACGUGGCUCUGGGCCGGACGAAACUGAUAACCAGUAUCGCCACGCCUUUUUGAUUCUGGAGCCGAAGAAAAAAGACCCGAACAGUCUGACCAAGCAUGUCUUAUGCGCCGAAAGCGAUAGGGAGCGCGACCAAUGGGUUGACACUCUGCUGCGCUGGAUUGACUAUAGGGACCCGGAAGAAGAGGAGCGCUACAGGAAGGAGCAGACGCAUGAUCGCAAUGGGUCCGCUGCGUCCGAGAGAGUUAACGGCGCAAAUUUGAAGAAACAACCGGGCCAGGGCAAGCAGCAGCCAGUUGGCGGCGAAGAAAACCUGAUUAGUGUCAACUACGAAGCCACGAGGCAGGGCGACAUUCCUCAGGGCGCGCCGCCAAAGGGGAGGCAGCAGAAUCACGACACACUCCAGGGGCACACGAUGUCGUCUCAGCCGAUAUAUACUAUCUCGGCUCCUCGCGACCCCCAGGUCAUUACCAACUCGGAACCCGCUGGAAGUAAACUGGGAAUGGCUCUUUCGCCGCCGAACCAGGAAGAGAAGAAGGCGAGAAAACGCAGCUUCUUCGGUUUUGGCCCCAAGACGAGAUCGCCGAGCGACGGCCAGGACUCGCUUUACGGGGAUAAUAACUCUAGUAUGAAUGGGCAAACUAGCAUGUAUGGCGGUCCUGUUCGGCAGGUAUUCGGAGCAACUCUCGCUGAGGCGGUUCGAUACAACUCUCCGGUAGACGUGAGGUUCCUGGACGCCAAGAACGCCUUUUACGAGGAAGGCAUUUUUCGUCUGAGCGGAUCAAACUUGGUCAUCAAGCAGCUUAAGGAGCGCUUUAACGUCGAGGGCGAUAUCAACCUGCUUACAGAUGAGCAGUACCACGAUAUUCACGCUGUCGCUUCCCUGCUCAAAGCCUACUUCCGGGAGCUGCCCACGACUAUUCUGACUAGCGAUCUGCGUAUGGAGUUUAUCGCGGUCACGGAGAUGUCAAACCAAAAGGAGAAACUCGCAGCGCUUUCCCAACUCGUGCAGCGGCUUCCGCAAGCCAACGCCACCAUCUUGAACCACUCGGAUGUGAACAAGAUGACGGUGCGCAACGUUGGCAUUGUUUUCUCGCCGACUCUUAAUAUCCCCGCCCCCGUCUUUGCUUUGUUCCUCCAGAAUUUCCAAGCUGUCUGGAACGUUGAUCCAGCCGAGUACGAGCCGCCAAUCUUGGAUGCGGAUGGAAACGAACGGUCGUCGAUGCGCCCCUCCGACGGGCGUCCGUCCACCUCGCACAGCGAUUCGCCUCACAGACAGCGUAUGAUGGAGGCGGUCCUUGAGGGACAUUCGAACCGAAACACGCCAACCCCACCGCCGAUAUUGAGCAUGCAACAGGUUGCGCAAAUGAACGCAGCAACAUUGCAGUCGAGGAGCUCGCCGACUCCUCCACCACAACGUCCCACCUACGAACCGCAAUAUGCCGGCCAGCAGAGACCGGCAUAUGAGACGAGCUUUGUGCAACCGAGCCAUGAUAGCUCGCACCUUCAGGCCCCCACAGGGGCCAACAGCACUGGGCUUUCGCCCGCUCCCUAUGACCAGCCAUACAAGAGCCGCCGUCCUGGAUCAGCGUCGUCGUCCCUCUUCCCCCAGACCCCCAACGCCUCGACGUCAACGCCGCCGACCGCCGAUGAUUACCACUCUCCCUCGCCCGGCGCCGAUGGCACGCCCGGAGACCCGAAGGGCGAUGCCAAGAAACCACGCUCCUGCGAGAGCUGCCGCGGUCUGAAGGUGCGCUGCGAGCCAGACCCCGCCAACCUCGACGGGCCCUGCAAACGCUGCGCCAAAGCCAACCGCGCCUGUGUCGUCACCCAGCCCACACGCAAGCGACAGAAGAAGACGGAUAGCCGUGUUGCCGAGCUGGAGAAGAAGAUCGAUGCCCUUACGGCCAGCUUGCAGGCCACAAGAGGCGGCACCGCCAACAGCAUUCAGGCAACACCCCCCCAGCCUACUCCCGCCGGUUCGGGAAGUGUUGUGCCGGCCAGCGGGAGCGUAUCGCGUACCGGCUCUAGAGUAGGCGCUACAUUGCUAGGCAGGGACGAGAGCGUUCCCGCUUCCGGCGCGUCCCGCGGCACUGGGUUUCAUUCCCCGUCAACUGUAACGUCCUCGUCUUCGCACCAGUUGUCGGCGCCCUCGCGGCCGCCAGCUACUGCUGCUCCGCCGGCCGUGGCAGGUCAGAAGAGGAAGCUGGCCGACACCAGGGAUGUGGCGGCCGCCGAGAGUGCGCGGGAAGCCCCGCCAGCUACGCCACAGCCACGCCCUGAGGAGGUCCCAGACAUUAUCGACCAGGGCAUCAUCACUCUGGCAGAGGCGGGUGAGUUUUUGGAGCGGUAUACCGAUCGCAUGUCUCCACACAUGCCAGGGAUUGUCUUCCCGGCAGGCACAACUGUCGACGAUCUAAGGGCAGCGCGGCCGGUCCUGUUUCUUGCCAUCAUGACGGCCGCCUCCAACGAGAGGCCAAACCUGCAGCGAGUUCUCACCAAGCAGCUUAUGCAAGUGCUCGCCGACAAGAUAGUCGUUGUAGGGGAGAAGAGACUCGAGCUUGUCCAGGCGCUUCAAGUGUCGGUGAUAUGGUACUGGCCGCCAGAACGAUUCGAGGAGCUCAAGUUCUACCAGCUCGUACACAUGGCUGCCGUCAUGGCCAUGGACAUUGGUCUCGGCCGGAAGAAGCAGGCCAAGGCCGGGUUUCGCAAGCACAUUCUUCAGAGCUGGCGAGAUCAUCCGUUCCGCAAACUAACCCCUCCCGAUCCCACCACCAUCGAGGCGAGGCGGGCCUGGCUGACUUGCUUCUUCUUGUCCGCGAGCACGUCCAUGGCACUGCACCGUCCAAAUCUCAUCCGCUGGUCUCCUUUCAUGACCGAGUGUGUGGAUGUCCUCGAGUCCUCCCCUUUAGCGGCGCCAACAGACAAAUACCUGUGCCAGUUGGUGUGGACCCACAGGCUUGCCGAGGAGGUCGGGAUACACUUUUCCAUGGACGAUCCCAUGACAACGCCCAAUAUUGCCGACUCGAGGACGCAGUACGCACUGAGGGGCUUCGAACGUGAGCUGGAUAAGUUCCGCACCUCGACACCCCAGGAGCUACGACAACGUAACCUGUAUAUGCAUGAGCUGGCCACUCAGAAUGAAUUUGGCGAUGAAGGCAAAAUGAUUCCAACCAACGAAAACCAAGAUGCCCUCGACAUCCCUCUGACGCCCGCCCACAUCAGCGCCCUCUCGGCGUGUCUCACCGCCAUUGACGGCAUCUUCGAGAUAUUUUUGUCGCUCGAGGUCGAAGCCAUACGCUGUUUGCCCAUCUUCUACCUUGUGCGCGUCGCGUAUGCCACAGUAGUCCUGAUCAAGAUAUACUUUGCCGCUUCGUCCCCCAAGAGCGAGCUCGGAAAGGUUAUUGACAAGGACAACAUGAAGGUGGAGCAGCAUCUUGACAACUUGCGCGAGAAGUUCCGUGCGGCGGCAACCGACGAGAAGAGCCGCCCUGCUUCCAAGUUUCUCAUUGUCCUCGUCAUGCUCCGUUCCUGGUUCCAAUCGCAGAAGCAAAGCCAGAACCAGAAUCCGGGCGCGCCGCUGACUGGGCCUCCACCCUGUUUGAAAGAGACGGGACAGCGCACAGAUAGGGAGGGACCCCAGCAACCUGACUACUCGACGACGGCCAACACGCCGCUGCAGCUGCUGUCCGAGGUCGCGACCGGCCAGAACUCAGCUAACGUUAAUGCUGCUGCUGCUGCCAACUCGAUGCUGCGGCCCAAUGGCACCAACGUCUUGGAUAUGCUCUCUUCGGUACCCAACACAACUGGUGCCGGUGGCACCAGCGGUAACUCGUCGGCUUCGUGGUACGGCAACGCCCGGCCGCCGCCAUACAUGCCAUACGGCUCCACGCCAGCCUCGGACAGCACUGCGGGAGAUACGUCAGGUGGUGGUGGAGGCGCCGGCGGUAACUCGGGCACAAACGUGUUCAACGGCCAGUUCCCGGCGCCGUGGCUAAACAACGCCUUCUCGGCAGAUUUUGACUACUCGAUGCUCGGCGACGGCUUCGCCCACGCCAUGGACCUCACCCUCGGCGGCUUUGGCGACGGCAGCAGUGCUAUGGAGGAGAGCGUCCUCUACGUCAUGCAGGAGCCGCCGUGGUUCAUGCCGCCGGCUGCCGCCAGCAGCGCUGCUGCUGGGACUGGCGUGAAUGGCUCGGUCGGGAACGUGAUUGCUAGCGGGUUUGACUUUUGA